CCCGCGCGCGCACACACACACACACACACACACACACACACGCACAAAGACUCUUCCGUCGCUUUUGCACCGAGGUCCCAGGAUUCUUGAGCUGAGCCCAGCUGACAAGCUUUUGAAGAUGGCACAAUAACAGUCCAGUGAUGCCUGACCAUGACAGCACAGCCCUCUUAAGCAGGCAAACCAAGAGAAGAAGAGUUGAUAUUGGAGUGAAAAGGACGGUAGGGACGGCAUCUGCAUUUUUUGCAAAGGCAAGAGCAACAUUUUUUAGUGCCAUGAAUCCCCAAGGUUCAGAGCAGGAUGUUGAGUAUUCAGUAGUACAGCAUGCAGAUGGGGAAAAGUCAAAUGUGCUCCGCAAGCUGCUGAAGAGGGCAAACUCGUAUGAAGAUGCCAUGAUGCCUUUUCCAGGAGCAACCAUAAUUUCCCAGCUGUUGAAAAAUAACAUGAACAAAAAUGGUGGCACAGAGCCCAGUUUCCAAGCCAGCGGUCUCUCUAGUACAGGCUCAGAAGUACAUCAGGAGGAUGUAUGCAGCAACUCUUCAAGAGACAGCCCCCAAGAGUGUCUUUCCCCUUUUGGCAGGCCUGCUAUGAGCCAGUUUGAUAUGGAUCGGUUAUGUGAUGAGCACCUGAGAGCUAAGCGCGCCCGGGUGGAGAAUAUCAUUCGGGGUAUGAGCCAUUCCCCAAGUGUGGCAUUAAGGGGCAAUGAAAAUGAAAGAGAGAUGGCUCCGCAGUCUGUAAGUCCCCGAGAAAGCUACAGAGAAAACAAACGCAAGCAAAAGCUGCCUCAACAGCAGCAACAGAGUUUCCAGCAGCUGGUUUCAGCUCGAAAAGAACAGAAGCGAGAGGAGCGCAGACAGCUGAAACAGCAGCUGGAGGACAUGCAGAAACAGCUGCGCCAGCUGCAGGAAAAGUUCUACCAAAUCUAUGACAGCACUGAUUCCGAAAAUGAUGAAGAUGGUAACCUGUCUGAAGACAGCAUGCGCUCAGAAAUUCUGGAUGCUAGAGCACGGGAUUCUGUUGGCCGGUCAGAUAAUGAAAUGUGUGAGUUAGACCCAGGGCAGUUCAUUGAUCGUGCAAGAGCCCUGAUCAGGGAACAAGAAAUAGCAGAAAAUAAGCCUAAAAGAGAAGGUCCUAAAGAAAAAGAGCAUGGGCCAAACUCUUUCCAUCCAGAAGGCAAACAUUUGGCUGAGACAUUGAAACAGGAACUGAACACUGCCAUGUCACAGGUUGUGGACACAGUGGUUAAAGUUUUCUCAUCCAAGCCCUCCCGCCAGCUUCCUCAGGUCUUUCCACCUCUUCAAAUCCCUCAAGCAAGAUUUGCAGUGAAUGGGGAAAACCACAACUUCCAUACCACAAACCAACGCCUACAGUGCUUUGGUGAUGUCAUCAUUCCAAAUCCACUAGAUACAUUCAGCAACGUGCCAGUGCCUAAUUCCACAGACCAAACAGAAGCACUGCCCCUCGUAGUUCGCAAAAACUCCUCUGACCAAUCCGCAUCUGCCCCACCGCCUGGCAGCCAUCAUGCCUCUCUGCAUCAGUCUCCGCUCUCAGCUACCACGGGCUUCACCACAUCUUCUUUUCGCCAUCCCUUUCCGCUUCCCCUCAUGGCAUACCCAUUUCAGAAUCCUUUAGGUACUCCAUCUGCCUCCUUUCCAGGGAAAGAUAGAGCCUCCCCGGAAUCCUUAGACCUAACUAGGGAGACCACGAGUCUGAGGACCAAGAUGUCGUCGCACCAUAUGAAUCACCAUCCUUGUUCACCAGCACACCCUCCCAGCACAGCUGAAGGUCUCUCUUUGUCUCUCAUAAAGUCUGAGUGUGGUGACCUACAAGAUAUGUCUGAAAUCUCACCUUACUCGGGAAGUGCAAUGCAGGAAGGUCUGUCACCCAAUCACUUGAAAAAGGCCAAGCUCAUGUUCUUUUACACCCGGUACCCAAGUUCCAAUAUGCUGAAAACCUACUUCUCAGAUGUAAAGCACCAUUCAUCCAGAAGAAGCCCAAAGUGCUUUACAAACUGCCUAUAUAGGGAUCAUUCACCCACCAAUGAAAUGCAGCCACCUCCGUGGUGGAACGCGGCAGCCAUUCUGGGUCAGCAACACCACACUACAGUAGAUUUCAACAGAUGCAUUACCUCUCAGCUCAUCAAGUGGUUUAGCAAUUUCCGUGAGUUUUACUACAUUCAGAUGGAGAAGUAUGCGCGUCAAGCUAUCAACGAUGGGGUCACAAGUACUGAAGAGCUGUCUAUAACCAGAGACUGCGAGCUAUACAGAGCUCUGAACAUGCACUACAAUAAAGCAAAUGACUUUGAGGUAUUCAAGAUACCGCACAGAGGCAGAGAGGCACAGAGGCAGCCUGUACAUUUCAAAUGCAUUACCAGGACUAGGUGACAACAGCCUUAUUUUCAUAUUAUUCUCCUCUCACUUUCUAUUCAGCUUUACAUCUCCUUACUCAGCAUAGCAUACCAUGACCUUUUUUAGCACUCUUUUAAAAAGGCAAAUGACUUAUUACUUGUGAGCUGCAGCAAAAGAGUAGAAAACUUAUUGUGCAGAUUGUGAAUAACAAGCAAUUUAGGAAGGGCUUAUUAUUGUCAUCAGUCCUUUAAAGGAAAAUUGAGCACACAUAUUUAGGAAGAUUCCACACACACAUGCUCCAAAAGGUGACCUUUCAUUAGAAAUACUGGUCUCUGAAUUUUUGCCUAUGAUGUCCCAUGUGUUUUUUGUUUAAAAAGAAGAAAACAGCUUAGAGAGACACUUUUUGGGGGGGAAAAAAUCUGUUUUCCUUGCAACUUUCACAGGAGAUUAAAUGUAUUUGUAAAACUUACAAAAUUCAGGUACCUUUAGACCGGGGUGAGAAACCUUUUUUGGGUUGGGGGCCACUGACCCACAAAAAGAUCAGUUAGGGGCCGCACACAAAAGCCCCUCACCGACAUGGCACCCAACCGAGUAGGAGAAAGACACCCCCCACAUUCCCCUCGCACACCAGAACCUAGGGGGGCCCAGCCUAGUAGAUUUUGUGUGCUCCAGCUCUACCAGUACAGGCUUCCCAGUGCAGGGAGGGUCCUGAGCCUUGGGGGCCGGAUCCAGACAAGCCAGGGCCACAUCCAGCCCCCAGGCCUGAAGUUCCCUACCUCUGCUUUAGACUGUGCAGACACUGUACAUACCAUUUAUUUACUACUCGGUAAUCAAUUUCUUGCUUAGUUUAAUUGCAAGCAACAACUUGAAGGGAAACUUGAAGAGAAAAGUUGCCACACUUGGAGACAGAAGUCUGUCUCACAACUACUCUUCAUUUUUAUAUUUAUUUCCUUUAGGUUCAAGAUAUUCAUUGGUAUAAUGAGUCUGGGCCAUUGAUUUAUUAUCUGGGUUUUUUUUAAUGUCAUUACAUUUUAGCUCCCUCUGCCUUUUUGUCAUUGGGUUACAUUUAAGCACAGCAAGAUCGACUUUAAACCUCCUUACUCAACAGCUUUAUUAGUUAUAACAUACCAUGACCUUUCUCGACAUUCUUAAAGAAAAAGAUACAGUGUAAUGUCACUUUACUUUGCUUAUUGUUCUUUGUUGAGAUGAACAAAGCAUUUUCUACAGUGGCUAUAGCACAUAAUUAUACAGCUUUCAAUAGCGGUGUCUUGGCACAUAUCAAAGUUCAGAAGAGCCUUUGGGAAAAAAAAGAUGUUUUGUGACAGCCUAGGGAGGGUCUCAUCUUUCCUUCAGAAAAUAGUUCAAGGCUCUUCUGUCAAGCUUCCCUACUUAGAGCUUUUUCUCCUCCUGCUUCAUAAAGUUUAAAGGGGAUUCAGUGGAGUUCUAUGAUCUAUUUCCUUUGAAAGAUUGUUCCUUUGCACAGAGAAGUCCUUUGACUUCAAGAGUUCACAGAUUCAUGUCUUUAGGUAUCAUAUGUCUGACCUUAUCAGUUACUCUAUUUAAUGUAGCAGAAAAAGUCUCAACUCUUUGUGUUUGUCUGUUUUGCCUCUGUGAAAUGAUUUGGUGAAAAGACCAUCCUUUUUAACACACCACUGAGAGGCCGUUUCUGACUGUAACCUACCCUGUGGCUCUUCUAAAAAAAAUUGUCCUUGUGUUUUGUGUAUGGAUGAUUUCACAGUGAGAAUAGAAUUAUACAAGGACAGACACACAUUAAAAAAAAUCUUUUGCUCUUUUUUUCCUAAAUGAUCUAUUGGCUAUUUUGGUGGCUGCUACUCUGGUUCCCCAACAGGCACAACCAUUUAACAAACACAGAGAUAGCGGCUGGAGUGCUGGGCCAGCAGUAGGUUUUCCCUUGCUUCGACCUACCCCAAAGGCCUUCAUAAUUAAUUGUCCUUCAGAGAUGAGGAAAGUUCAGAGACAGUGUGUGUAGCGAUGUCUAUUGUCUGACAUUCAGUUCUCCUUCCCUCCGCUCUUUUUCUUCAUUCCACAAAGGGUUAUCAAUAGGAGCAGAGAGCAAGCUCUCUUCUAACAGCUGCUGGUGAUGGUUGUAUCUUUCUGUAGAACAUAUUGUAUUCAGCCAUCUAUGGAUUAAAUAGCUGAAAAAAGUUCUAACAACCUUUUUGAACUAGCAAGCAUGUUUAUUUCAUCUAGAUUACACAGCUAUUUAACUAUUUAAAACUUCUUCAGAGCCUCCUAUUUUUACUUUGAGUGGAAGAUUAGAAAUUAGCAUCAUUAUGGGAAACUAUUCUGGGGAAAUUUUGGUCAAUACAUGAACAUUUUUUUUCUUUGUGUCAGUUUUGAUCAGCUUCUUCCUUCCAUGCCCAAAACAAACAUAGGUUUUGAGGGGAGACGUGGAUGCUUAAUGGAAUAUCCAUAAAAGAAAAUAUUGGUAUAAACACCAACAGAAACAAACACGUGCCUGGUUAUUUAAAAAAACCCUACUACAAUGCCAAUAACUUCAAACUGCAAAGAAUCUGUAGUUUUCUAACCGAUUAUUAAUAGUGUUGCACCUUCUGUGAUUAAUUUAGAAUCCUCUGUGGCAUAAUUAUUAAACUUCAUAUACAACAGAACAAAAUGGCAUACAUGCUUUCCUUGUUUACCCUAAUGAUAUGCUAAACAAAGAUAUGGUGCAGUUAGCAGAUAUGUGAGAAGUACAGUCAAAUUAAACCUGUCUAUUAACAAUUGUUACAUUACUGUUGUAGUUAAUAGGGUGAAGCCAAAAAAAAGACAAAUACAAUUAUUCUUCUCUUGGACAGUUAAACUAGCAAACUAGGAAGGUUUUUAAUUCACCAAGACAAUAUCAAUGCUCUUCACAGACAUAACCAUAUGACUUUAAAAAGAAUAAGCUCAUCAAAAUAUUCUGAGCCCCAUGGCACGUCCUUCAUGUUAAGACGAGCUGAAGAGAAACCAAAAUCAAUGAUUGUACUGAUUAAGUUGUUGUGCAAGGCAUUUUGCAACAGGUUUUCUGUAUUUAAGAAGAAACUACAUAUGAGGUACACACAACAAAUACAGUAAUGCAAAAAUGGUCAUAAAAAAUUAAAGUUAGUCUUAUGAAUCUUUCAUUAGAAACAAUGAAAAGAGACACUGGUGAAGCCAGUUCUUUGUUCUGAGCUACUCUGAUAGGGGCUGAUCCUGCAAACAGACCUGCACUUUAAGAGCUUUACUCUUAUGAAAAGACCCUUGGCUCUUUGAGUGAAGCUACUCUCUGCCAGAUUGAGUCCAUAGCUUUCCAGUGCUGGUUCAGUUUCUCAAACA